AUCGUCUUCAAAAACGAUCAAUCAAUUGCUUCGUUAGACUACGUACAUACAUAGUCUACCAUGGCUCUCCGGCGAGGCUUUGUGAGGUAUGCCUUUUCGAUUCAGUAUCAUGGAUCCUCCUUUUUAGGAUUCGCCCAUCUAAAGGAUCAAGAAGAUGCCGUACUCCCGGAUGGAACGGAUCUCAGAGGGUAUCGCUCGAUGGAAGGUCGAUUGAGGGAUGCGUUCACGCAAAUGGUCGGCAAGGAACGCUUUCAAAACAUCAAGGUCAGUUCCAGGACAGAUCGAGGCGUGCAUGCACUCAAGAAUACAUGUCAUGUCGAUAUCAGGAAUAGAGAUAAUACUACAAAUGAUGAUGAGGAUGAUGAUGAUGAGAUGUUGCAAGCCACAGAAGAAAAGGAUACCCCAUCUACAAAAAUAUGUUCUUCUUCUAGUAGCACUUGGGACCCCGACGUUCUUCGACGAGGAUUAAACUACCAUCUCUCCCAACAAGGAUCCGAACUUAUGCCAACCAACAACACACAGGACACAAUGACCAAACGAGAGCAGCGAAAACUGGCACGUCGAGCUAAACGAAAAGCCGACAGUUGGUCCUUUCACUACCCCAUGAACGAAUUGAGAAUUCUCAACAUGAUUCGGGCGCCUCUCCAAAUGAAAAACAAAUUUCACUACUUUGCAAUGGACAAGACUGGCAAUCCCACCAUUCCGGAAUAUGUGGAUUGGAAUGUCCGAUUCAGUGCCAACCAACGAACCUACAUCUAUCGAAUAUUGGCAUUGGCAAAAUCGGAGCAAGCAGACUGGGCACUGCCCUUUGAGUGGGAUCGAUCUUGGAGAAUCGUACGGCCUCCGCCAAAAUCGCAACUCGACAAGAAUAGCACACUCUCAUCAAAGAGAAAAGACAGUAGUAGUGAGCAAUUUGUAUUGGAUAUUGAUGCCAUGCAAGAAGCUGCUCCGCAUUUUAUCGGAACACUCGAUUACUCUUCCUUUCGGUCCGCGGGGUGUCAACGAGCGUCGCCCAUUGUCACCAUCCAAAAUGUCCAAGUGGUCUCACAACCCUAUGGGGAACCUCUCUUUUGGGAAGCUUCGGGUGGAUUGCUGGGAUUCGGAGACACGAACAAUCACAAUACACCACAAGAACCGCAACUAGUCACUGUCAAGGUGGUUGGCAAGAGCUUUGUCUACCGCCAGGUACGAAACAUGGUGGGCGCAUUGGUGGCUGUAGGGAGAGGGUCAAUUCCACCAGAUGCGAUUCCAGAGCUAUUAGAGGCCAAAGAUCGAACGUUGGCACCGCCCAUGGCGCCCGCCCAUGGUCUAUUUCUUGUGAAUGUCCAACAUGAUGACAUUCAGCUGUGAGACUAAACUUAAGAAUCAGAUCACACG